GACUCAACACAGAUGAAUGAUACAGAUUUGGAAGAAACACGCACGGCCACUUCGCUUUAAUCACGUCCAAUUUAUCCGACACUUCCAGAGAAGUGCAAAUGGGCAGACAAUAGACGCUCAGUGGAUGAAGGCGACCUGACAGUGCAGACGAGCGCAAGUCGCUUAAAGAAAGCCACACACAUUAACUUACUGCUUCCGAUUUUAAAAUUGGAUUUCAAUAAUUCUGCAACUUAUCUCACUUUGAGAUAUUGUUGUUUUUGCAAGCAUUUUUAUCCACAGCCGAUAUGGACACCAUAUUGGACAACUUCGCUUCGGACAAACUUUUUCCCAAUUCCAACCUGUUGGAUCUCGAGGAUCUGAAUGAGAGCGAUUUCUUAUCCAAUGUGCACUUCUCAGAGCAGAUGGAGGACUUCUCCAAUGACCUUUUCAGCAGUUUUUUCGAUGAUCAUCUGUUGGCGGAGAGGAACCCAUUGCUGGAUAUGGAUCUGGACCCUCCAACCCCUGACAUCCAGGCAGAACACAGUUACUCUCUCAGCGAGGACUCUGCACCACAGUCCCCCUCCAUGCCCAUCAAAUCAGAUGAUGAUGCAGAUUCAGAAGCAAUGUGGUCAUUUAGUCAGGAUCUCACAGCCAUUCUAGUGAAGCAGGAGCCCAGCCUGAUGUCAGAGAACUGCCCUGAAACAGCGCCCCCUCUGGCCAACAGCAGCACCUGCUCACCACCUCUCACUCUCGCUCCUCCGCCACAGAGGAAUCACAGUGGAGAAAAGGGCUCCAAAGGCCUGAGCUCAAACUCUGUUCCUGCAAUCAAAGCUGAGCCCCGCGAGGUGAACCAGUUCCUCAACGUGCCCUCAGAAGAGCAUCUGCGGUUGCCGCCAACUCCUCCCAGCAGCCAUGGCAGCGACAGCGAUGGAUCCCAGAGCCCACAUUCACUGCCACCUUUAAGCCCUGGCCACCUGCAGAGCCCACAUUCACUGCCACCCUCCAGCCCUGCCCGGCUACAGGCUCGGACCUCCACUGCCAUCUCCUCAUCCCCUCUCCUCACCGCCCCACACAAGCUGCAGGGAACAUCAGGCCCUUUGAUGCUGACAGAGGAAGAAAAGAGGACUUUGAUCGCUGAGGGAUAUCCUGUCCCUAACAAACUACCGCUCACCAAAACCGAAGAGAAAGCACUUAAACGGGUGCGCAGGAAAAUCAAAAAUAAGAUCUCUGCACAGGAAAGCCGCAGGAAGAAGAAGGAAUAUGUGGAGUGUUUGGAGAAGAAAGUGGAGAACUACACUUCAGAGAACAAUGAACUCUGGAAGAAAGUUGAGACUCUUGAAAAUGCCAACAGGUCUCUACUCCAGCAGCUACAAAGGCUGCAGGCUCUAGUGAGCGGGAAAGUGCCUCGAUCCUGCAAGAUCGCCUCAACGCAGACCGGAACCUGCCUCAUGGUGGUGGCGCUGUGUUUUGUGUUGGUGCUGGGCUCGUUGGCCCCCUGCCUGCCCGAGCUCUCCCUCUACUCUUCCUCCUUAUCCUCAUCAUCCUCACACACGGUGAAGUCCGCACCGCUGCCCUCAGGUGACCUCUACACCACCAGCCAGGUCCGCUCCCGCAGCCUGCUCUUCUAUGACGAGGGCGUCCCAGUGGAGGACGGCCACAGGGGCCUGCUGAGUGUGGAGAGGACGGAGGGCGUGCCGCGGCAUGUACAGGACCUGAAAGACAGCAGCCACAAGCAGGAUCAUUCGGCCCUUGUGAGCAGGUACUUGAGCGAGGCUCAGCCAGAGUCUGCAAGCUACAGCAACACAUCUGCGGCCCCCCUCCGUCCCUCCGAACCACACUACCACUCGAGAAAGCAGGAUCCUGAUGGAGGAGCUGAAUAUUUCUAAGUCCUCUGGGUGUAGCAGCCCCAUCACACAGGCCUCCACUGAAGCAUGAUGAUCCUCGACCCGCACCGCUACCGUACAGAUCCUGACCCGAACCAACAAGCCUCAUGAGCACCUGCAUUCAGCCCAAGAACUGACUGUGUCCAUCCAUACACUGAAACUCCCUUCGCCAGCCAGCACUGAGUUUGAGGACCACGAGAAGAAGAAGAAGAAAAAGA